GGAAUAUGUGCGAAUAAACUUGACCAACAUAACAUCUGCCAUCUUCAGUGUGAAACCAAUUAAGAAACAAUCAGAAAGGAUACAUAAUGGCCAACAGCAGCAGCUCCUCAACUUUACCCAAUAUGGAGACGAGUUUGCACGAACGCGAUCGUGCUGGCUUCCAGGAUUUUGUUCUCCUUGAGAACUACCAAAGUGAAGAUGCCUUCAUUGAGAAUCUUAAGAAACGUUUCCAGGAGAACCUCAUCUAUACUUAUAUAGGCCAAGUCUUGAUAUCGGUGAAUCCCUAUAAGGAGCUGAAAAUUUACACCGAUUUGCAUAUCAAGGCCUACAGGAAUAAGCAUUUCUAUGAGAUGCCGCCACAUGUCUUUGCUGUAACAGACAAUGCUUUUCGUUCACUAAUCGAAGAAAAUCGCGGCCAAUGCGUCCUCAUCUCGGGUGAGAGUGGUUCAGGCAAAACGGAGGCAUCGAAGAAAGUUUUGCAAUACAUUGCCGCCUGUUCGGGUCAUCAGACCACCGUUGAAGGCGUCAAGGAUAAGUUGUUGAAGAGCAACCCAGUGCUGGAGGCUUUUGGCAAUGCCAAGACCAAUCGCAACGACAAUUCCUCCCGUUUUGGCAAAUACAUGGACAUUCAGUUCGAUUACAAAGGUGUUCCCAUUGGUGGUAAUAUUUUGAAUUAUCUGCUGGAGAAAUCUCGUGUCGUGGCUCAGAUGGGUGGCGAGAGAAAUUUCCAUAUCUUCUAUCAACUCUUGGCUGGCGCUGAUGCCUCAUUACUGCAGGAGUUACGUCUGGAGCGGGCUCUGGACACCUACAGCUAUCUAAGUGAUGGGCUUAAAGGCAGUGUGCCAUCAAUAAACGAUGCAGAGAACUUCAAGUCGGUGCAACAAGCUCUGACGAUUAUCGAUUUCGCUAAUGAGGAGCAGCAGGAGAUCUUUAGCAUUGUGGCCAGCAUAUUGCAUUUGGGUAACAUCAAUUUCACUGAAGUGGAAGGCAAUGCCCAGGUGAACAGCCGGGAUCUAGUGGUCACUGUGUCCCGCCUUUUGGGUGUGAAUGCCAGCGAAUUGGGCGCUGCCCUCACUCACCGGACAAUCGAUGCUCGCGGAGAUGUCGUAACCUCACCUCUAAAUCAAGAGUUGGCCGUCUAUGCUCGCGACGCGUUGGCCAAAGCGGUCUAUGAUCGUCUAUUCUCGUGGUUGGUUCAACGUCUCAACAUCUCGCUACAGGCCAAAGAGACCCGUGAGGCUCGCAACAAUGUCAUGGGUAUCCUGGAUAUCUAUGGCUUUGAGAUUUUCAACAAGAACAAUUUCGAACAGUUCUGUAUUAAUUUCUGCAAUGAGAAAUUGCAGCAACUCUUUAUUGAGUUAACGUUAAAGUCCGAGCAGGAUGAGUACAGAAGAGAGGGAAUCGAAUGGAUACCUGUUGAGUAUUUCGAUAAUAAAGUCAUUUGCAAUCUAAUCGAAGAGAAGCACAAGGGCAUCAUUUCCAUUUUGGAUGAGGAAUGCUUGCGACCGGGUGAGCCCACAGAUCUGACCUUCCUGGAGAAGCUUACGCAUAAGCUGGCCGAGCAUCAUCAUUAUGUGUGCCACGAGAAGGCACCUACCCAUAUCCAAAAGAUCAUGCUGAGGGAUGAAUUCCGUUUGGUCCACUAUGCCGGUGAUGUGACAUACAGUGUGCAUGGUUUCCUGGACAAGAACAAUGAUCUGCUAUUCAGAGAUCUGAAGGAGACCUUGAGCAAGGCUGGCAACUCAAUUGUCCGUUCCUGUUUCCCUGAGCAGGAAUUGCGUAGCAAGAAGCGUCCCGAGACAGCCAUCACCCAAUUCAAGACCUCGUUGAACAAUUUAAUGGAUAUUCUAAUGUGCAAGGAACCCAGUUAUAUUCGCUGCAUUAAGCCCAAUGAUUUGCAGACUUCGGGCGUUUUCAACGAUGAAUUGGUUCUGCAUCAGGUGAAAUAUUUGGGCUUGAUGGAGAAUUUGCGUGUACGACGUGCCGGAUUUGCUUAUCGUCGUAGCUAUGAGCUUUUCCUGGAGAGGUAUAAGUCCCUGGGUAAGGCCACCUGGCCAAACUAUAAGGGACCAGGUGGAGCCAAGGCUGGUGUCCAGCUAUUGGUUAAGGAUCUGGGCUAUGACAACGAACAAUACAGGUUGGGAGAGACGAAACUUUUUAUCCGCUGGCCACGUACUCUCUUCGAUACGGAGGAUGCUUUCCAGGCCAGAAAGCAUGAAAUAGCAGCUAUUAUUCAAGCUCACUGGAAGGGUCUACUGCAGCGCCGUAAAUAUCUGAAAUUGCGCGCUCAGGUCAUCAUUUUGCAGAGCUAUUGCCGUCGUCGUUUAGCCCAACAAGCGGCCAAGCAGAGGAGGGAAGCUGCCGAUAAGAUUCGUGCUUUCAUUAAGGGAUUCAUUACCCGUAAUGAUCCACCAAAUGGCUUCAAUGAGGACUUCAUAGCCAAUGCCAAACGUAUGUGGCUGCUACGCUUGGCCAAGGCUCUGCCCAAGAAGGUAUUGGAUAAGAGCUGGCCCUCUUGUCCGGCCCAUUGUCAGGAGGCUUCAACAUAUCUGCAUCGCCUACAUCGCUUACACUUGGCUCGCAUCUAUCGCCUGUCGUUGACGCCCCAGCGUAAGCGGCAAUUCGAACUUAAAACACUUGCCGAAAAAGUUUUCAAGGGCAAGAAGAACAACUAUGCGGCCAGCGUACCGGCUCCAUUCAUUGAUGACCGCAUACCCAAAGACCAUAUCCAGAAGGUCAAUGACUUUGUGGCCCGCACGUUUGGCAGCGAACAGCUGAAAUACCAAUCCUUCUGCACCAAAUUCGAUAGGCAUGGCUACAAGUCGCGCGAACGUUUCAUUCUCCUAAGCAACACGGCCAUCUAUGUCCUGGAUGGCAAGACUUACAAGCAGAAACAUCGCCUGCCACUGGAUAAGAUUGAUUUUACACUAACCAAUAAUAAUGACGAUUUAAUGGUUAUACGUAUUCCUCUCGAUCUGAAGAAAGAUAAGGGUGAUUUGAUUCUUAUUAUACCAUACAUUAUUGAAUUUGGAACCUAUAUUAUUGAUACUGUUGGAACGGCAGGCAUUGUUAAUAUUGUGGAUAGGGAUUCACUGGAGCAUAAUGUGGUAAAGGGCAAAGGAGGGGUUAUUGACAUUCAAACUGGUGCUGAGCCCGGAGUUAUGCGUGAUAAGAGCGGCCAUCUUGUUGUUACCACUGUCCAAUAAGGAAUACAAUAAAACUAUAUCAUGAAAUGGCUUUAAAACAAACGACAAUUGUUGUGUAUUUAUAUAUAUUAAAAUUGUGUACUUAUGUUAUAUUUUUCGUUUCGACUUUAUGAAUGUAUAUUGUUUAUAUAAAUGAUGUGAAAUGAUGAAUGUUUUAAUUAUAUGAGAAUUUUUGUAACCAAA